AUGGAACAUGAAAAUGUGCGAAUUCGGCCUAUAACACCUAGAGUUAUAGAAACUAGGCAGGAUGAUUCUCCAGAUGACUAUGACAUACAAAAAAUCCUAUCAAAACUUACCAAUAUUUCGACAAAUUCAUUUAGCUCAAUCCAAAGACUUGAACUUUGUAUAAACACAGAUGAAGUGCCUUUGCAUAAAAUUAGUGAGGAGUGUCCACAGUUAAAAGAAUUAAAAUUAAAUGGAAGCUGCAUAGAGUCGUUAAGGGAUCUUGGAACUGGAUGAAGCGAGUUAAGAGUUUUAUGGGUUGUUAGAACUGGAUUAGUGGAGUUUGAAGGGAUUUCUGGAUUUCCAAAGCUCAGCGAGCUAUAUGCUGCUUUUAAUGCGGUUACUGAGGUUGCAUACCAUUUGAUAGGAAUUUUUUAAUCCCUGGGAAUUUGAGGACCAUUUUGAUAGCGAGGCAUUUGAAAAAGCCUAAAUCAACCUAAUGGCCAGUAAAAAAUAUCGACAAAUUUUUUUAGAAAUUAAUUUCUGACAAAUAUUCCGAUUUAAAAGCAUGCACAAAAAAUAACUGACCAUAUUUUAAUAUAAAAAUAUUAUAAAGCGCCUUACUGAUUUAUCAUGCUUGAUGUUUAAUGAUUCUUUACAAGUUCUUGACAUUGAAGGAAACCAAAUCAGUGAAUGAAGCCAAAUAGAGCAAUUAAACUACUGUGACCAGCUUUAUUCACUUAAUUUAGAAAGCAAUCCUGUCACAAAAGACCCAGAAUAUCGGUCCAAAUGCUUAAAAUUGCUUCCACAGCUACAGAUUUUAGAUGAUUCCUCAAGAGAAGCUGAAAUUUCUAUGCAGUCUCCUACAAGUUUUAAUGAAAAAGAACCAGAUGAGCUUGAACUAGUCACAAACUCAGUUAGGGAAUCAACACCCAAGCGAAAACAUGCAGAAAUUCGACCAAAAAGCGCAAAUCCCAUUUUUAAAGAUGAAGCUGUAAGCCACCUAACUGAAGAAAUUUUUAAUGGAAACCCAAUAAAAGCUAUGAGAUACAGACGAACCAGACUCCUUCAAGACCGAGAAAAUGUAGACAUAAUGACACUUAUCAAAGAAUAAAUAAAUAUGGUGUCUCAGCCAGAAUUACCAGGAGAUAAUGCAGCCUCUAGCACAUUUAUUUAUAUCCUGCAAGAUUUAUCAACAAGAAAUGAAGAGCCAUUUUUGGGAAGAAAUUUUGGUAUAGUUCACAAACCUUUGAAAAUCGACAUCAUAAGAUAUAACCGUCCUAAUGGACUCAUAAAUUUGGGAAGGGAAAGCUCAGCAGCGUCUAGACCAUUCAGGUUACUCCCUAGAGUGAAAUUAAGAGUUAGGUCUUAGGCCUUGAAUUUUUCCUUUGCCGAGGUUGACAAAAAGUCCCUUUUUUUGGGAUUUUUGUGUGGAUAGCCUUAUUAAAACCCACUAAAACACUGAAUUCGAGCAAGACAAAGAUGAGGUGGAGAUAUAAAACCCUAAUAAGAUUUUCCAUGGCAGAAACACAAGAAGGGCGGUGGCCGAGUUUUGGCUGCCCGGCGAUAAUCAUCUAAUUCGAGCAAGUUCUUCCUGGCGACGUCGCAAAGAGUCUGAUCCAUUCAGGGAUCCUUGGCGGCUGCGCUACCAAUAGGCAAGCCAGUCAACCUAUAAUAAUUUUAAGCUUAAACUCUUAUUAAAGAAUUCAAGGUCGAUAGCAUAAAAGAGUUCAAGCCUUUUCAAGUUCCUCAGAUGGUCAGAAAAACAAGGAAAAUCCUGGCAAGAGAAAAAUUCACCGCAGACUAUGAAAAAAGAUCUGAAAUCUAA